GAAAGCGGAGAUUAUUUAGGAAGAAGAAAUAUGCGUGGACUCUUCUUAUUUUACAAUUCCAGGUAAAUCAUCACCAAGCGGGGAAUCGACUUCUGCUCGCUGUCAGUCUCGAUCACCAUGGGUCACUGGCUGGGGGAAAGCGAGGCUGAAGAAGGUGUGGUAUGCCUGGAAGGGAAGAAGGCGAUCCUGGUACCAUACAUGUGGGAGCAUGUUCCGAAGUAUCACGAGUGGAUGAAGGACCCGGCACUGCUCCUCGCCACUGGAUCAGAGCCACUCACCCUAGAUCAGGAGUACGAUAUGCAUCUUUCCUGGACCAAGGACCCCAAUAAACAUACGUUUAUUGUGUUGGAUAGGGAGUUGAUUAAAGGAGAAUUUUCUCAUGGAGAGCCCCAUAUUGAAGCUAUGGUUGGUGAUGUCAAUAUAUACAUGAAUGACCAAGAUGACCUACUUCUUGCGGAAAUUGAAAUCAUGAUUGCUGAGCCAAAAAGCCGUGGCAAAGGACUUGGUGAAGACUCUGUGUUGAUGAUGAUGGCAUUUGCUGUUAAGAAAUAUAGAAUUCAGACCUUCCGUGCUAAAAUUAGUGAAUCAAAUUUGCCGUCACUUAAGCUCUUCCAUAAGCUGGGUUUCAAAGAUGUUUCUUACAGUGCUGCCUUCAAUGAGGUUACACUUGAGUUGCAAGUGACGGACCUUUCUUUUGUAGAUGCCAUCGCCUAACUGGUUUAUUGGAUAUUUAUACAGCGUGAAGGCAAUCAAUGUGCAAAUUGGGCGACUAAAAGAGGUUUGGACUUCCAGAAGUUUUGCUUUU